CGCCAUUCGCCUAUCGUGACCACGAAGAUCUCUACCCAACAAACCAUGGCAUGGACACGACCUGAAGAUCUUGAGCGAAGGAUUGCAGCAGCUAUUGUAUGCCCGAGGAGGAAGCGAACGGAAGUGCAUGAACCACUGGAUGAGGGGGAAGCCGAAGGCCCUGUUGUGGUCACAAGAGCACUGCUGGAAAGCUACUUCGAUAUGCCGCUUUCUACAGUAUCCAAGGAGCUUGGGAUUUGUCCAACGGCAAUCAAACGAGCAUGCCGGAAAGUUGGGAUCCUGAAAUGGCCUUUCAAAACACCUAACCCCGGACCGAAGAAAAAGAAUGGCCAACCUUCAGCUACGACUCAACCGGUUCAAAAAGCACCAUCUUGCGACCAAUAUUCCAGCGCGACCGAUCUACCUGCUGCUUCCUUCACCGCCUCACAGCAGCAUCUCUCAGAGUGGACACAAGUUCCUCCGCCAGUUACCAUGACCUUCGAAGACAUUUGCAACCAAGUGCAGUUCUCCUGCAUCGAGGGCUCAACUGCAAGUAGCUGGAGCAAAGACGUCUGGCAGGAUGAUACGUGCAUGUCUGUUCAAGCUCCCGAUCCCAACAUUUUCCUCGCCUUUACAAAUGUCGAGGAAGAAAAUGAUUUUGAUAUGAAUCACACCAUGCUAACUUUUUGACUGUAAGAUAUUUUUUUCUUUUUAUUUAAUAUAUGAAUUGCGAUCCUGCAC